GUUUUGUUAAUUGCAUCUUUAGGAACAUGCUUGACAUUAGCUCAUCGGCUAGCAGAGAGAAAAGCCUUUAAACCUUUGAUUUAUUUUAACCCGUGAAUUUAAGAGACAUAUUUAGACUCGACCCUGCUUGCGACUCAUAUAUAAUACCAGUUCUUUUGCCUUGUUCUUUUGUUUUUUUUUUUAUAGUUAGCCUGGCUAAGGUUGGCCAUGUUUACUGAGCUCAACAGUAUCCUGAACACCACUCCAGAUAACUUCACAAAGGGUGAAUGUAUUUUGGUGUCAGACAGGCAAAGUGAUGCCUCUUUCCUCAUUAACCAUUUCCUGUCUUUCUACCUUCGAGCUCGAUGCAAAGUGUGUUUUCUUGGUCUGGUGCAGUCCUUCAAUCACUACAGUCACAUCAGCCAAAGACUGGGUGUCAAUUUAACACAAGCAAAGGAGAACGGUCAGCUGAUAUUCCUUGAGGGACUGAAAGAGUCAUUGUCUAUUUUAAUAACUCAAGAAGCUGGCAUCGGAAGUAAAGACAUGGAAUUCCUCAGGGAUCCUGCUGUUGGCCUGCGGAGUCUGUUUGAGUUUGUCCGGUCCACUGUGAGCAGCUCUGGUGGAGGAGAGGAAGGGACAGAAGAGUGGGGACCCCCUGUGUUGUUGGUGGAUGACGUCAGCGUGUUGUUGAGUCUGGGAGUCAGUGCUGGAGCCGUGUUGGACUUCAGCCACUACUGCAGAACCACAGUGUGCUCUCAGCUACAGGGUAAUAUGGUGAUGCUGGCACGUUGUGAUGGGGAAGAAGAGGAGGAUGACGGAGAUGAUGAGGGCUCAGAGCAUCUCUUGAAGGGCCUGACCCACCAGUGUAGCCUCACUCUUCAUGUUGAGGGUCUUCCAACCGGCUACUGCAAGGACAUACACGGGCAGGUGGAGGUGUGUUGGAGGAGGAGACACAGUGAUGGGCAGCACACACAGAAGAAGCUCUUUCAGUACAAGGUCCACGAUAAAGGAACCUCUUUCUUUGCUCGUGGAACAUCCAGUGCUGUUCUCUAGUCCACUUUAAUUGUUUUAUUUAAAUAUUAUAAGACAUCACAGAAGCUGGGACGGAAAUAAAAUGUGUUGAAUGCAGAGCGUCUGGAUGAAGGGCACCUUGAUCCUGUCAGCUGAUUUAAGUUCUCUGGAUAGCGUUCUGCAGACAUGUAUAUUACCUGGUUAUAGAACUCCAAAUGGACAGUUACCUGGCUGGUAAUUAUAGUUCUGUGUUUGGCUGAGAAGAAUAGUCCUAAACUGCCUUAUUGAGCUACAAUGCUAUAAAUAAAGUUGAGUUA